UGGCUUGAACACUACCAAGCUUCCUUUUGUUACAACUCUUCAGUAGUAAGAAAGUGCUUUCCAGCUUUUCUUAAUCACGCAGUUCUUCGGAGGGAAAAUUUUCUUUUUUGGGGUUGUUCUUUUUAGAGUAAAAUAUGGGAUCGGGCUCUUCCCCGUGUGCUUCUUGCAAGUUGUUGAGGCGCCGGUGCGCCAAAGACUGCAUCUUUGCCCCUUACUUCCCUUCUGAUGACCCUCAUAAGUUUGCCAUUGUUCACAAGGUCUUUGGUGCUAGCAAUGUUAGCAAAAUGUUGCAGGAGCUUCCCAUUCAUCAAAGAGGAGAUGCUGUGAGCAGUUUGGUUUAUGAAGCAAAUGCAAGAGUGAGAGACCCGGUUUACGGGUGCGUUGGGGCAAUUUCUUUCCUGCAGAAUCAAGUUUCUCAGCUGCAAAUGCAGCUUGCAGUGGCUCAGGCAGAGAUACUUUGCAUCCAGAUGCAACAGGAACCUGUAGCCUUACCAUCCCAGAUUGAUCAACACCAACACCAUCAUCAUCAUCAAGAUCAUGACCAGAAGUCCCUUCUUUUAUCCAACAGUGACAUCAAUAGCAUUCCACAUCAAUACUUCAGCAGCUUUGCUUCUCCUAGCAAUGUAAUCCAAGACCCUCUUAAAAAAGAGUCUCUUUGGACUUGAUCAUUUGCUUAUCAUCAUUAAUCAAAGCACUGCCAAUCCAUCUUUCCAAUACAAUUUCCUUUAUCUUUGCUUGAUCA